AAAAAAAAAACACGAAACCACUACUCUCUCCUACGAAGCUUCGUGGAAGCUGCCAUGGCUACUCUCUUUCUCUUCCCAUUUAAUACCCUUCCUUCCUCGUUCUUUCCUCUCAAACCAGAGAUCAAAGCCAACAAGAAUCAAAACUCAUCUCUCUCUCUCUAUAUCUCUCUUUAUAUUCUUCUCCGAUAAUGAAGCUCGCCGCUAGCCUCAGCCGCAUCAGCCCAAAACGUCUCUUCCGCUCCAAAUCAAAAGCUUCAGUCUCCAGAUCUGAGCCUUCUUCCUUCAGCUCAAAUGCUUCUUCCUCUUCCUCCGAUGGAUCCUACGGUAACCUCAUCAAACCAGGUCCAACCGCUACUCCCAUCAGUGUUCUCCCUCAAAGCUCCGGAGAUUUUUACACCGAGCUUGUCCAAGCGUUUAAACUCAUCGACCGUGACGACGACGGCGUUGUUUCUAGAGGAGAUCUCGCUGCGCUUCUUAGCAGGUUAAGCCCUGAACCGCCGAGUCAAGAAGAGGUUAGCUUGAUGCUUAAAGAAGUCGACGGAGAUGGAGACGACGAUGGUGGUUGUAUCAGCCUCGAAGACCUUGCUAGCCGUGUAGCUGGUACGUCAGGGCAAGGAUCUGUAGAGACGGAGGAGCUGAGAGAGGUGUUUGAGUACUUCGACGCGGAUCGUAACGGGAAAAUAUCGGCGGAGGAGUUGCACAGAGUCUUUGGAGUGAUCGGUGACGAACGGUGCACGUUAGAUGAGUGUGUGCGUAUGAUAGCGACCGUUGAUAGAAAUGGCGACGGUUUUGUUUGCUUCGAAGACUUUUGCCGCAUGAUGGAGCUUCAAAGCAGCUCCAGCGAUGAAUGAUCUGAUCAUCAUCAUCAUUAGUAUCAUUUUGUUUGAUUGAUGAUGGUGACAUCACUAUAUUUGCUCUUUUAUUUUUGUUAUCUUUUUUUCAUAUAAACAAAUAUAUUUAUUUUACUUUCUAAUCUCUAUUUAGCGGUGGGGAUAUUAUUAAUUAAUUUCAUAACGGCAAUUAAGCAAACA